UUGUAGUAAAGUUGAAGUUUGAACUUUACAAUUUACAUUACUGGUUAUUUCUAAAGUGCUUUUGAAGUUCUGAUUUAAUUCGUUUUCGUUCAUUAAAAAAGUAUAUAGUGCUUCCUUUCUGAUUGAUUGUUUAUUCUCUCUGGGUCAUUAUCAGCUAAUCAGCUAACAUCACACAUAAUACAAUGUAUAAUCAGUAUUUUUUUUGUCAUAUUGAGGAACAAAGUUCAAAAAAACAUCUUUUAUAUUAAAAUCAAUGUAAAUGAAUAUUUUUGUAGUGCCUAUUCUAUAGGUUAUAGAUUAGUUUAAAUAGGCGUUAACGAUGUCUUUAUCUCCACAUUUUUUGCUGUCAAAUUUAGCGCGCGAGAAGUGUGUAGCUAAGUUAAAAGAUAUACCAGCGUUUGUAAGACCAGAUGUAAAACCAAAAGUAAAAGCUGCUGUUCUGGUUCCGCUUUUCGUGCGUAACGGAGAAUUACAUAUUUUGUAUACACUCCGAUCAUCGAAUUUGAAAAGUCACAGUGGUCAAGUAUCAUUCCCAGGUGGAAAAAUAGAAGAAAAUGAGAAAGUAAUAGAUGCUGCUUUACGAGAAACAUAUGAAGAAAUUGGAUUACCUGCUAAUUCGGUCGAUGUCUGGUGUGAGAUGUCUCCAGUCCAAGGUCGUGACCGAAACAUACUGAUAACUCCAGUGGUUGGUGUGAUAAAAGAUCUUCUUUUCAAUAACUUAAAUCCUAAUGUACAUGAAGUAGAGGAAAUUUUCUCAGUACCUUUAUCAACAUUCUGUGAUACUGCUAAUCAUGCUCACUUUCAGUACGAAGGUAUUUUAUUACCAGUAUUUUCGCACGGAAAACAUAAAAUUUGGGGCAUUACUGGGUUCAUAACUCACUUUUUUCUGCAAUGCUUUUUACCAAGUGAUUUAUAUAAUGUGGAUUUUACUCGAAAGGGUUAUACCUUAGAGGAACUUAUGCCAUCAAAAUUGUAACUUUUGGCCUCCUUAAAAAGUUUGUAAAGUACAACUUUUGUUUAUUAAGUUUGUCCAUCAAUUUAUCUAAUAUUAUCUUAUUAUUUGAAGUUUUUAAAAUGGUUUUGGAUCAAUAUAGCAAAGGCAUAAAGUAAUAGUAAAAGAUGUAGUAACAUUAACUGUGAUAAUUUCUAUUUUACAAAGUUUUAUAAAUAAAGGACAAUUAUCAUUUAUAUUAUAAUAUAAAUAAACAUUUUACAUUGAAUAAAUGUUUCCUUAUAAUGGUGGAUUGAAAAAGGUUUAUAGACAAUAAAGUUUCUUAAAAAAUA